AUGGCCGUGAAGAACGAGCCCAGACGGGUACAACAUAUCGAACGCAAAGAAUUGUAUACAAAUCUGGAAGCGAGAAUACGGUAUCUCCAUAACUUCCUUGAUUUCAAUUCAAAUGACAUCGAAGCUCUGAUCACCGGCUCCAAAUAUAUCAAAACACUCAUUCCCGCCGUCGUGAAUAUCGUUUAUAAAAAGUUGUUGCAAUAUGAUAUCACAGCACGCGCAUUCCAGACGCGGAGUACAAGUUUCGAGGGUUCCCUCGACGAACAGCCCGAUGAAAAUAGCCCGCAGAUCCUGCAUCGAAAGAUGUUUUUAAGAGGCUAUUUGAACAGGUUAUGUUCAGACCCGAGUAAGAUGGAAUUUUGGGAAUAUCUAGAUAAAGUUGGCAUGAUGCACGUCGGUCGCGGUCGCGAGCACCCAUUACAUAUCGAAUUUGUCCAUAUUGGCGCGAAUCUGGGGUUCAUUCAGAACGUUCUCACAGAAGCACUCCUCUCGCACCCGCGACUCCCGUUGUCCCGCAAAAUCGCCCUCGUCACCGCCAUUGGCAAAGUGAUUUGGGUGCAAAACGACCUCUUUGCGAAAUGGUAUGUCCGUGAUGGCGACGAAUUUGCGGAUGAUAUGGAAGCGGUCGCGGUGGAACGGGAGGGCUACUUGCAUGGAAAGAAAAUGAUUGUCGGCGAAGGAUCGGAGAGUGAGACGGAUGGAGAGGCAGCUUCAUCGGCUACUGCUACGUGUCCAUUCACCGGAAUGGCAAAGGGCGUCUCGGGAAUGCAUAUCGAAGAGCAAAAGCAGAAUGUGAUGCCGAAAGAGCACUCCCCGUCGGAACUUCCUGGAUGA